AUGUCACUGCAAGAUCAAUCGGCCAGCAUGCCUCUGAUAUCAAAUGAUGAUGAAAUGCAGAUUAAUCCACUUGGGCAAAAUAAAGAUUAUCGAAGUAUUCAAAACUCGUCUUCGUCAUCACUCAAUUCGAAUUCGAAUCGAUUAAAAAAGUUUCUAAAUACUCUCGAUUACGUUCAUGCAGAACAACGUGGCAUCCAGCGUGUUCUACCUUCAGAACGUACUGAUUCAUCGGUCUUAAACACGUCUAUCAUUUGGAUCGGAAUGAAUAUUAUUAUUCCAUGUUUUGCUAUUGGUGCCGUUGGACCAGCUGUUUAUAAAUUGGAUCUCUAUGAAUCAUUCUUAACAAUUCUCAUUGCCAACAGUUGUGCAAUUCUCCCUACUGCAAUUAUUUCUUGUUUUGGACCACCGUCAGGUUUGCGUACGAUGGUUAUCAUCCGUUACAGCUGGGGUUACUAUGGCGCAUCGGUCAUAUCUAUUCUAUCGGUGAUCUCGGCUCUAGGAUGGUCAGCUGUGAAUGUUAUAACUGGUGCUCAAGUACUGCGUGUUGUUUUCGAUUAUGAAAUCCCGUUAACUGUUGGAAUUCUCCUUAUAGCCAUUAUUGUUAUAAUUGUUUCAUUUGCUGGUUAUGAGUGGAUUCAUAUUUAUGAAAAAUAUGCAUGGAUUCCAGUAUUUAUUGCAUAUUGUUUUGUCGCUAUCCUUAGUGUUAACGACAUUCAACAUUCACAAGAGGUGUACUUGAACAGAACAAGAACAAUGUACAAGAGAAACACAUGGAAUACCAAUGGUAUGUUAAGUUUCGGCGCGUCAUGUACCGCUGGCGCUAUGAGUUGGUCGGUCUUAGCGGCCGAUUAUAAUACAUACUUAUCAGAAGAUGCAAAUCAGAUGAAAAUUUUUCUUUUCACUUAUUUCGGAAACUUCUUUGGGAUAAUUCCUUUGGAAUUUCUCGGUACAGCUGUUUAUACAGGCACUUAUACCAAUGAACAAUGGGCUUAUGCAUACCAAGUUGAUAAUGCUGGCGGAUUAUUAGGUGCAACUCUCGCAUCUCUGGGUAUUUUUGCUAAAAUUCUCCUCAUUCUAUUUUCAUUCUCAGCAAUUGCAUGUACUAUUCCAAACAUUUACUCUUUCUCUUUGUCUGCUCAAGCUAUCUCACCAAUAUUUCAACGAAUUCCUCGAAUGUACUAUGUAAUAGUUGGCACUCUGAUGUAUACGACAUUAGCAAUUGUGGCCGCACAGAAUUUCAAUAAAGUAUUGGUAUCGUUCAUGGAUAUUGUAUCAGGCUUCGCUUCAAUUUAUAUCGUUGUGCUGCUAGAAGAACAUUUCAUUUUCCGACGUUAUUCGUAUAAGAACUAUGAUUUCAAUUCAUGGAACGAUCGAAAAGCUUUACCUAUUAGUUUCGCUGCAAUAUCUGCUGGUGUAGUAGGAGUGAUUGGAUUUGUCCUCGGUAUGUCGCAAGAUUGGUAUCAAGGUCCUAUUUCAAAGAUGUUCUCAAAUAAUGGAGCUGCACAAAGUCCAAAUUUAGGAUUUCUAUGUGCAUUGACUUUCACAGCUAUUACUUUUCCUCUAUUUCGAUGUAUUGAAUUACAUUAUAUAAAACGAUAA